AGGCUCCGCCCCUCGCGGCGCCACGCGCGCGGUGAGGGGGCAGCGGGAGGCGGCGCCAUCUUGGGCGUGGGCGGUCGGAGGCGCUGCCUCUGCCGCCGCCGGGAGCCGCGGCCUUGAGGUACUAAAGUCAAGUGCGGACAGUAACAUCUCCUUGGUUUAGCCAGUUUGAGAUUGAGAAUGGCAGGUUUCUCUUCCUUUGGAUGAUGCUUCAUGCUGAAAAUACAGUAAGGCUCUUGGAGUGUCAGGACGAAAUCGGAAUUGAGCCAUGUUCUAAAAGAAUGAAGUCAAUAGAAGGGACUUGUGAGAAACUCCCUGAUGAUGAUAACAAAGGUAUUCAGAAGAAAGUGGAUGUUGAGAGAAAAUCAAAUGGUUGGAUAUCUACGUGUGCCUUAGAUAACCAAGGGCAACAUGAAAUGCAGAAGCAGGAGAAAAUACCUUCUGGUGCCUUGGGAUCCUUGAAUGAAGUUCUCCCUGAAAAUAAUCCAGUGCUUAGUCAGCCAUUUGAUUUAGAAACUGGGCAGAAUAUAAAUCCUCCUUUUACAUCAAUGAAUUACUCUAAAGUUGAAGAAGAGAAGGACCCUUUUGUUACAAAUAAUGCUGGUGAAGAUAACACUGAAAAAAGCAGUGCAUCAUUCUCAAUAAAUAGAAAUCAAUCAGAUGAAGACUUUUUUACAAGCAAAGAUUUUAUAGGACCUAUUUACAAGCCUGCCAAAAGUAACAUGCCAGACAAAUCUGGCAAUUGCAAUGAAUGUAGGAACACUGGAGGAGAUGAGAAUGAAUUAUGUGAAAACAGAUGUAAAAGAAAGGAGGCAAAGAAGAUGCAGGCUGUUUCUGCCACUGUACCAGAAAUAGAUGAUCAGCUGGAUCAGUUCUAUAAAGAAAUUCACCAGCUGGAAAAUGAAAAUUUAGAUUCUAAUGUUCAGGAAAAAGAAACUGAAAUUUCUGAGCAACAACACUCUCCAUUUAACUCUAGUCAGAGCUCACAAGAAAAUUAUCAACCUGUACUUUUGGGCAGUUCACACCUAUUUUAUGACAAUGGACAGUGUUCUUUGGGGGAACAGAACAGUCAGAAAACAAACAAUGAGCAGCAGUUAGUUGUGGAAACAGGUGGCUGGAAAACUGAAAAUACCUUUAAUGGCCAAGUAGAUACUUGGAACUGCUCAGUGCCUGAAUUCAGACCUGCUUGGCAGACUAGAGCAUCUUUCAAAAAACCUCAGGGACCUUUUCCUCCUAGAUUCAGCCAUCAAUCCCAUUUUCAGAUAUUUGAUCCCCCACCUCGAAUCCCAAAUGUUCCCUCUCCUCAGAAUGGGAGAUUUCCUUAUGAAAGUUACCAUGGAACUGAUAUCAGCAGUCAUGGUCCAUUGCUUGAUCAAAAUACCAACUAUUCUGGUCAUACUGACAUCCAUAAUACUCAGGUCUUCAGGAAUGGGAAUAAUGAUCAGAAUGGCCUCCAAAGUAAUGGUUUCUGUGAAACCAGAGAAGAGCGUUGGAAUGAUCCAAAAGCUGACAGUACAGAAGGAAUGCACAACUUUUCUUCAUUGCAGUUAUCCGAAGAAAAAUUCAGUUGUUCACAGAAAUUGCUUCUAAUCUUAAGAGGCCUACCAGGUUCAGGGAAAUCCACACUUUCUCGUGUUCUGCUUGGUCAGAGUUGUGAUGGCAUUGUGCUCAGCACCGAUGAUUAUUUUCGUCAGCAGUAUGGAUACACCUAUAAUGCUGCUCAGCUUGGUGAUGCCCAUGAGUGGAACCGGAAGAGAGCAAAGCAAGCAAUGGAGCAGGGAAAAUCUCCAGUUAUAAUAGACAACACUAAUACUCAAGCCUGGGAAAUGAAGCCUUAUGUGGAAGUGGCUCUAGAAAAAGGAUACAGAGUGGAAUUCCAUGAGCCAGAUACUUGGUGGAAGUUUGAUCCUGAAGAACUAGAAAAGAGGAAUAAGCAUGGAGUCACUCGUGAGAAGAUUGCUCAGAUGUUGGAACGAUAUGAAUAUCAAAUAUCCAUCCCUAUUGUCAUGAAUUCAGUGGUACCUCCCCACAAAAACACUCAAAGACCACCUCUGCAGAGAAGACAUAGGGAGAAAAUUUUAAGCAAGAACCCCGGAUUCCUGUUAAUAAAAGCAAAGCAGAAGAAAAAGAGAAAAAGAAACAAAACAAUGAAAAGCAAUCACACAGAAAUUACAAAGAAAAUGUUAUGUGGAGUAGCUCAUCAUCCAAUUCCAGGUGACCAUGAUGGAUCAGAAAGUGAAGAGGAUAACUUGGGAGAAGAAAACAAAAAAUCAACGUGUACAUUCAGCAAAGGCCCAGAGGAUCCAGUAAGAGUUUGUGAAGAGCAGCCUAAGAGUAGUGAUGAAAGCGUAAAAGAAGCUGUAGGGGUUUCAAGAGAGAGUUUUCUGGUUGCUGUGCCUGAGGUCACAGUGAUGUCAAAUAGUGCAUGGAAAAAUGAAUUGCCUGUAGAAGGUGACAGUUUGCUUUUAAGAGAUGUAAAACCUUUUUGUACUGAAAACCUAACCAAAAAUGCAUUAGAUGAAAAGGAAGCAAAGCAAAGGCAAAAAGACAACCUCUGCAGUUUCCUAGCAAUAAGCAAUGAUAAAAAUUCUGUCCAGGAAACAGAAGACAUUUCUGAAGACCAUGAUAUGUCAUUGUUAAGCACAGAAAACAAACUGGGAUCAUGCCAAAUUACAUGUGAACCUGACUUGGAAGCCAAGGGGGUAAGUUUAAACAGUGAAGAAAAAGAAAUCUCUCAGUAUUGCAGUUCGAAUAUACUUGAUACUGUGCCUGAUAACACAGAGGGCAAAUGUCCAUUAAAAGCAGAAGAAACUACCUCCAAUGCUUGGGCUUUUUUUUCAAUUAAUUUAUCUACUGAGGAGUUGCAGAUGGGCUUCAAUACUCAAGUUUCUCUCUCUCCUUGCUCUGAGGAUAAAUGUGUAAGUGAACAAAAAUCUCAAAAAGUGAGGAAACCUGAACAGACUCACAUGAACAGUUCAGCAGAGCUAAACUGCUAUCAGUCAAAUGAGGGAUUGGUAAAGGAAAACCAUAGUGAAACAGAAACUGAGGAAGUUGGCAAUGUAAUAAGCAAUGGUCUGUCUGCAUCUCCAACUGGUGAAGUGCACUUUGAUUCCCUAGUGGAAGCCAGGGCUGCCUUUGUGCAGGGUUCAAGUGAAAUAGAUAUGCCAAUAAAUGAUGCUACACCAACUAUACUGAAGAGGAAGAGAUACAGGAGAAUUGUCAACUUAGCACCAAAGUUUAACCUACCAAGACAGAUCUUUGCUCACACAGAGGAAGGGAAGGACAUCCCGGUAAGAGAAGAUAUUCCACAAAACAGUGUUUUAGAAGUCAGGCAAAAAUACUUUCUAAGCAAGAACUGUGGAGAAGCACGCGAACAGGACCAUGCAUUGCAGGAAUAUUCCUCACCCACUCUGGAUGCAGAUGCUCUGGUACAUAAUAUUUCUUACAUUCAUUCAGGACCAUGUUCUCCUAUAUCAAAAUAUGCCUGCAGGGUUUGUGUAGAUUCCAAGACAAAGGAGGAGCAAGCUACAACUCUUCAGCCACAACAGGUAGUUACUAAAAAAGAGGAUGAGGGUGAACAUGUUUCUUCAGAGGUUACAAAUGGCCAACCAGAUAAUUUGUCUUCUGUUAAAAUUGUUUCUGAGUAUCUAGAAGAUUGUACUACAAUCGCAAGCUGCAGUGAAAAUGCAAAUGGAGCAGAUGACUCUGAGCCACCAAAGGCAUCACAGCUUGAAGAUUAUCAAGAUGCAGAUGUGAAAUGCAGUUUCCUGGGACUUCCCUUAUCAUUAGGAUUUGCUUUUCAACUUGUGCAGCUCUUUGGUUCUCCAGGUCUUCCACUGGAAUCCUUGUUGCCAGAUGAUUAUAUAGUUCCCCUUGACUGGAAAGUUUCAAAGAUGAUCUAUUUACUGUGGAAGACCUCUGUGGAGGAAAAGCAGAAACCAAACGGAUUGCAGAAUGAAGAUGGCUUGACUGAUGAUAUUAUUAAUCUUGAAGAUCUAAAUAAAAAUCCCCAAGACAAUAAAGACUCUUCUGAAACACUAUCAGACAUGGAGCUAUGUCAAGAUAUGAUAGAGGAGAACAUCAUAACCUGCACUGGCUGUCUGGAUGCUGCAUUUCAUCAGUCAUGA